GUUGGAAAACAUCUUGAUUAUCAGCUCCACAAUGGAAAGGAGGCGCGGCCAUUCGAAACGGCCAGCAACUAACGAAGAACUUGAGUGCUGGUCUCACGCUGCAAAGUCACUGUCUGUGCUGUCCAAUCUAUGUAUGGCCUCGUCUGCGCAGGAUGCUGUUGGGAGGGUCAAUCGACUUAUCCUCGCAUGGCCAAAUGACGAGACGCUGCCUGCCGAAGGCAUGGAUAGCGUCAAGACAGUCUAUAAGAAGCUGUCUUCUGGUCUUAGUGAAAUCAAAACAAAUUCAGAACGCGAAAUCAAGGCUAUGGAUGACGCUGUAGAGCAGAUCGGCGUCUUGAUUGCUCUGCGAAAGGCGUCAGAAUCUACACCCCCAGAAAAGAGAUACAAGCGCCCUCGCAUCCAUUCUCCGCCACCGACAUCAACGCCACCAACACCAGCGAUAGCAUCAAGUACUCGUGGAGCGUCCAUCCCUGUACAAACGCGAGGAUCCGUGGGCCCUCAAUCUACCAUUCCCUUCUCUCGUGAGCCUAAAGCCCGGAGAGAAGCUUUGAAUGCACAAUUGCCAUUGCAAGUUGGCAGGGUCGUCGCCUUCCACCCACCCGCAAAAAAUGACGUCGCGAAUGGUGACUCCGACGACACUACGUGGAUCCUCGCGAGAGUCACGAGGUGCAUCAAUCAAGAUAAGAAUAGAUACGAAGUUCAAGAUAUUGAGCCACAGGACGAUGGACAACCCGGACAGUGCUACAACACAACUCUCCGAGCCAUCAUACCUCUCCCCGAUCUCGAAGCUUCACCAAGUAAUGCGGCACACCUCAAUGCAUAUCGAGAAUUCCCGGUCGGGUCAACGGUGAUGGCCCUGUAUCCGGACACAAGCUGUUUCUACAGGGCAGAAGUCAUCGGGGCACGCUUUCAGGCCAAAGGUGAAAUCCCGGCAUAUAAACUCAAAUUUGAAGACGACGAUGACUUGGAACAGACAGUACAUGCGCAGUAUGUUGUUGAGUGGCCUGGAGCAUGAUCCUUUUUUGAAUUUUGGUCCAUGUUCGAGUUUUGUGGUUCUUGUUUUCCUGCUUUUGCUCUGCAUCUAUGGCAUGAUGGCGAUACUUAUUCUAGAACAUGAGUUGAAUAUCGACAGUCGGUAUCUUGGACAGUCUUGUAUGAUAAAUGUAGAGUCUUGUCUUUUGUAUGUUGGUCAUCAUCGUACUGUACGAGUUACUGUACGCUACGGAAGAGUUCCAUCCUGGCGUGAGGUUCG